CUGGGUAUAAUAUUGAAUAUUUUCUCUUGAAGCAUAAGUACAUUCGAAUAAAGCAAGGAUCUUCAGCACAACCGACUAGAUUGCUGAUGACAGUUUAUUAAGUAUUAAGUGACAACUACAUUAUCCGGACAUCCAUCCAAAAUUCACGUGCCUACAACAACAAAUAAACCACAAAAAUGAAUUUCCUCAAAAACAAGCCACGGGCCAGACGGAACUCUGCAAGCGUCAUGGUGAGCACGGAAAGAUGGCGUAACUACAGCCGAAGAAUGUCUCGUCGUGGUCACGAAAUGUUUGAUGAUGAUGUAGAUGAAUAUGAACCAGCACAACACAAGGAAGUUAAGAACUGGGUAGAGGAACUAUUUGAGAGGAAGAGUGAUGCAGACGAAAUAGAACAAGAUAUCGAAAUACAGCUGACGAAGAAACAAACACUAAUACUGUCAACGUUGGUUCCAGAUGAAAUUCUGUUGAUGGACAAGUUCGCCACUGUGGAUACAAAACGAUUUGUUGGCGUGCUCCUCAUGGCUGAUGUUUCGGGUUACACAGCUUUAUCAGAACGAUAUAAUAAUACUGGCAAAGGUGGCACUUACAGAUUAACUGCUACCCUUAACACAUACCUCGGCUCUCUCAUAGAGCUCAUUUACGGCCACGGUGGCGACAUCAUAAAGUUCGCGGGUGAUGCAUUCCUAGCGCUCUGGAAAACUGACAAACGAUCAUUUCUAUCUCACACCAUUCACACAGUAAUAGCCUGUGCUCUAAUUAUACAACACUCCUAUGCUAUUUAUGAAACCGACGUGAAAGUUAACUUGAAAGUAAAACUGGCGAUAUCAGCCGGUAAUAUCAUAUUUGCACCCAUUGGUACAGGAAUAGACAUGAGUUAUAUUAUAUUUGGCUUACCCGUGAUCGAAGCUAAGGCUGCUGAAAGUGUCUGUGCUUCUGGAGAAGUAAAACUUACUCCCACAGCUUGGGGACACUGUUACUCUAGGAACUACGACCAUGUAAUAAACGAAAACGGAUUCGUAACGAUAAAAUCCAUACUGUAUGAUCCCCAUGAAAGUAAUGUGACGAAACCCUUUGCAGGUUUUGGAAAUUUAAUAAGACAAAGUAAAAAACCAUUCAGUGCCAUCGAAAGUCUUCCAGAUUUUAUAUUAGACUCAUCUAAAAGUACAAACGUUACCGAUGCUUUACGAAAAACUGAAGCUUUAAGUUUACGCAAAGCUAUUCUAGUAGCCGAAGAAAAAAACAUUGGAUCGGAGAUUCGCAAAUUUAUGAUUAGGCCCGUUCUCACUCAGAUCGAUGCUCACCAACCGCUUGAAUACUUGACUGAAAUGAGGCAAGUCUCUAUUUUAUUUGUGACGCUUAAACCCAGAGAUUGCUCAUUUUCACAGCUGAUAACAAUUGUCAACAAUUCUUAUCAAAUCACUUGCGAAAUUGUAUACAAAUCGAUGGGUUGUGUUAACAAAAUUAUUCUUUUUGAUAAAGACGUAAUGAUAUUAGUUGUAUUCGGAUUACGGGGUUUCAAACACGAGUCUGAAGCACAGGCUGCAUUAAAAUGUGCGUACAGUAUAAAAAAAUCCGUAGCAGCACUCGAUGGAGUCCUCGAAGUAUCAAUUGGCAUAACAACUGGACAAGUAUACUGUGGUGUUGUUGGACAUCCUCUACGAAGAGAAUUUACCGUUAUUGGUGCUAUCGUUAAUAAGGCAGCAAGACUAAUGUGUGGAUUUCGAAACAAAAUCUCCUGCGACGAAAUGACAUUUGUAAAAAGUAAAAUGUCCACAAAUAGCUUUACACUUCAACCGGCAAUAGAAUUAAAAGGUAUCAUUAAACCAGGGAAAAUAUAUGAGUACAGUGAAGAGAUAAGAGUUAAAGAAUUAUAUGAUAUACCAAUGAUUCCUCCACUUCUCAACCGUAGUGAUGAACUUGACUAUUUUGAAGCUUGGUUAGAAGACUGUAAAUCAUCUUGCAGGGAUUUUGAUGCUCUUUUAAUAAUUGGAGAAUCACGAAUCGGAAAGAGCAGAAUGUUAGAAUGGAUGGCACGUUUUGCGAGAAAUCAGGGAUACCAAGUAUGUUAUCUAAGCCUAACUUCAAUACAUUCAGCUACGGCAUAUUUAGCAUUAAGCCAAAUAACAAAUCAAAUGCUUGAACUUAAAGAACCUGUAGAAGGUUUUGCCAAAGAAGAAAAAAUAAUUCAAUUAUUAAAAGUCUACUCUGACGACUUAUGUUAUUUAAAUAAUAUUAUAAAAGUGAGAUUUGCUUAUCACGAAAGAAUACAUUCAUUAGAUGAAGUUAAACGUAAAGAAAAAGCGAAAACUAUGUUUGAAAAAUUAAUAAAAGCAUUGCCAGACACCAUAAUCAUAUUUCUAGAUGAUUUACAAAACUUGGAUUCAUUAUCAUGGGAAUUUAUAUCAAUGAUGUUCAAGUCAAUGAAAAUAUUUAUUGUGUUAUCUGUAACGCGCGGUAAGUUUAGCGCUGUGCACAAUUGGCUGUAUAGCGUGUUUAUAAAUGAUAACAUCAGAAAAAUGGCUUUAGGACCUUUAGAUCCAGAGUGGAUUCCUGCUUUGGCAUGUCAAAUAUUAGACGUAGAUGGAGUUUCUAAUGAUUUAUGUGAUGCUUUGCGAAGUAAAUGUAAAGGUAUGCCGGGUCUCGUUGAGAGUUUCAUAAUACAUUUAUUUUCAUCGGGAGCACUUGAAAUAAAAAGAAUAGCAGACACUGAAAUGGAAGAAUGGGAAGAAGAAGAAGAAUUACAGUUUCCAGAACCUGCACUGCUGCACCCACAAGCAUUGGAUGGUAACAAUCAAGACAUUCUCGAUAAACUAAUAGAAAAUGAUUUCAAAGGAGAUCUAGGUAUAUGUGUAGUUAUCAAUAAGGAAGAACUAAAUACAAACAUAAACGUUCAUAAUUUGGAUACAUUUAUAAUGGUCCAGAUUGACUCCCUGACUCCGUAUCAACAAUUACUGUUGAAAAUCGCAUCAGUGAUCGGUGAUGUAAUUCCAAGGGAUUUGUUGGAAAAUAUAAUGUAUGAAAACAAUCCGUUGAUAACCGCAAAGGCGAUAAAAAGACUAUUUUGUUUGAGAAUACUGUCGUGCGCUAACACAGACUGUAUAAAUAAAUUUGGUCGUAGGGGUACAUCGACAUUGACUAUACUUUCAGGUGUUUCCACUUCCAAUCCGAAUCUGCUUUGUGAUUGCUGUUUUGAAUAUGAUGCAGAAAAUGAUCAAAAUCUACCGAAAUAUGCUUUUUGCAAAUUAAUGCGAUUCAGAAGUAAAAACUCAAGAAAAACAUGCUACGAAUUAUUGCCGAUGAAUCAAAAAAAAGAAUUUCAUACGAGGAUUGUUAAUUACCUUGAAAAUAAUAAACAAAAAUGUACCAGCUGUGGUGGAACAGUUAUGGUCGUUCAAUCAAUGCUAAGUUUAAAUAAUGAACCAUCUAGGAACAGAUACUCAUCAGUGGAUACCAUGUCAAGUCAGUUUGACAAAAGCUUAGAAGAUUCACAAGAUAGUGAUCAAAGUGAAUCUUCAUCUUCAAAUUCACAAACUUCAGACAGUUUGACUAAAACAAAAUCAGAAACCGCAACAAUCUCAAAAGAAAAUUUUAAACCAAUUAGGAGAUCUAGCGAAAUAUUAGCAACAAAGACAUCGACAGAUGGUUCACACUAUGACAGAGUCAAUUCCAUAGUAGCACCUAUUUUAAAAGUAAAAAGUAGUACAAUUCAGGAAAAUUCUGCACCAAAAAACGAAAAAAUUGCUAAAAAAGUAACGAUGACAUAUGUUUCUGAACCGGUAUUAAGCGAUUCCGAAGAAUUUGAAAAUGAUAAGAUUUUUGACAUGCUUCGUGAGGUCACCGAAGCAGAUGAUCCAAGUGAUUGGCAGAACCUCGGCAUAGUCGAUAGUCAAGAGAAUUUAGACGAAAUUGAAAAGAAAAAAAACGGUAACACAUUUAGCGUAAAAAUAGAAAAAGGUGUAUCUGAAAUCAAUUUCGUUAAGUGUACUUGUACUGAAUUAAAUAUAAGUAUUUGUGAACAAAUCGUGCACCAUGCAGAAAGUGCAGAUUUGAAAUCAAAAGCUGUUGAAUUUCUAAUUAAGUACAGUCAUUUGAGUGUUCUAAGUAACAACAUUGAAAAUGUAUUUGAAAAACUUGACGAUGCCGAAAAUCUUUGUCAAUCACUUCAAAACAUGGAUGCAUUUGAAAAAAAACGUUUCUUCGGACAAAUACAUACAAUACGAGCAGCCGCUUGCCUAUCACUAGGAAAACUUGCUGCGUCUAAGAUGGAAACAGAACAAGCUACACAGAUUUAUAACAUAAAUUUACACAAAGUUCCUGAAUAUUUAAAGUUGAAAAAUAUAACAAAGGCUUUUAAAUUUCGCAACCAAAAACACCGUUUACAUAAAACAAUAUUGAAAGCAGAUUCUGUGCAAUGUUUAAACACAGCAACCUUGUUAUAUUCGUUGCUUGGUGAUGUAAGGGUAGCAAGGAUGACAGCACUACGUGCUUUGAAUAUAGUCCAGACUGUAGAAUGUUCUGUAGUAAAUGUCUGUGAGACAUAUUGUAAUGCAAUCCAAGUAGAAAUGGACCGCGGCGCGCCGGAAGCUACAGCAGAAAUAGAACAAAUGGCAGCCAACUCUUUAAAAGCCCUUCCACGCCCAAUUCAAGCUGAUGAACUCUUUGCUGUUGGUAAAUUAUUUAUGACAACGUUCCGAGCUCGAAUGGCCAGAGGUCAACUGGCGCCAACUAUACGAUCAGGUUUUCGUGCACUAGCUGUUAGUCGUUUCCUACAAGCUGAAGAUAUUUCGUUAGAACUGAUUCCAGAUUUAUUUUACAUUUUGCUGACUCGUCGACGUAUAGAAGAAGCCAUCGAUAUAUUGCAAUUUGCUUUACGCACAGGACAAGAUCACAUGUCCUAUGAAAGUGAAAAUUGGUACCAUGCGCUGUGCAUAGAUUUAAUACUGGAUGCAGGAUUCCAACUCGAGUCACCUCAAGAUAUAAGCCGAUUUGCUGAAUAUUCAAUAUGUAGAGGUAAAUCAGCGGGACCUAGCCGCCGCCGAUUGGUGGUAGGACUUUGGACUUAUUGGCUGAGGGCAGAUUCAGAGAGAAAAGCAAAACGUUUCGAGAAUGAAGCACUCAGCUGGGCGUCUCAUGAAGACGAUAGUUCAAUGGUGAAUCUGUUAAGUGCAAUGAGACUCGCAGAAGGAAUGCUCGAGAGUUUAGCUAGAAAGAUGGACGACUUAAGAAAGGUUGUGGAUCUAAUGGAGUUACGUUCGGUAGCCGAUAGAGAACUAGCUCGAUUGGAAAAUGAUGCUCGCUUACUCCGUGCUGCAUUUCCUCGCUGGAGCCUUCUAAAAGCAAACUCAUCAAUGUUAUCAGGCCGGAAUAUUGUUGCCAAUACUUUAUUCAGUCAAGCUUUAGAUGAAUCAAGAAAAAUGAACAAUCGACUCGAAGAAGAAAUGGUGCGCGCCACUGGUUCAAACUCAGUGUUAUGGAUACAAAAUGCACGCUCUGGGCAAUUCGUGCAUUGGCGUGAGGGAGUCACAUUCGCCCGCUCUUCUUGGCACCAAAUAAUGUACAGAAUCACAACCACCAGACAGUAAAAAUAACUGAAAUAUCAAUUAACUAAAUACUUUAACUUAAAUGUAUUUAC